AUGGCUGUAAUUGCCUGUGCGACCGGAUCCAUUGAUGAUAUUAUGCCGUGCAACUUCUCAACGACUUCAUUUCCAGAAUUUAUUCCGCAGAAAAUUGCUAGGUACGCAUAUAAUUAACAAAAACUAUAUUGAUCUGACUCAGUGAUCCCCGGGUCACCGGUUCAAUCCCUUGUUGUGCAAUACUUUCGCCACCACUUUCAGUUUCUAGACGGUUUUCUUUUGCGAGUCAUGUGGGUCUCAAAAACAUUCUCGCCCCUUUCCCUGCCGCCGAAACGGCCUGACGAAACAUCCCCUUUUCUCGAGUCGUUUUCCGUCGCGUUUCACUCGAACAUUUCAGAUUCUUUGGGAUCACAAUGGGUAACGAUGACGAAAAAGACGAUUAUGAUGAAAAAUUGAUCCGUCUUCGUAUGUUCACAAAAGUUCGCGACCGCCAUUACGAGUUGGUGGACGGCCUCAACAUUCUUGUAAGUUAGUAGUCUCGCUUUCUGAAUAACAACAGAUUUUCAGCUGAUCGAUCCGAAAGUUCAAGUCCACAAGGAGUUUCCGCAGCAGAUCAAAGGGAUGAAGAGAUCCGGAGCGUUCAUGAUCCUCCACGCCAGCGAGGACUAUGAUGUGAGUUUUAUGGGAUGGCGCGAAGGUGCCAAUUUUGAAAUGGGCAGUGCAGGGUUAUGGUAAUAGUUAUGUGUUUGUGAUUUUCAGAAAUAUGGGAGCCGUCUCGAAGACCUCAACGACGACCUGCUCACUCUCACUUCGUACAUCGUUCGUCAUCUCUGUGGAGCUUGA